GAGUGGGGUGUCUUCGUCUGCCUUCCCGUUUCCCAAGCUGACUGGCUCCCUCUGUCCUGCCCGCCUCCCCUCCCUCCCUCCCUCCUAGUAGGGAGGCUCUUGGCCCGGGUCCCUGAAGACGCAGCAGGGGUGAGGUCACGUCUCCCUUGAGCCCCGCGCCUGGGGCUUUUCAGAGCCUUGCCGCGAGCCGGGGGCCAGAACCCGAGACCGCGCGGACUGUGCGCUCCUCCGCCCUCCUGCGCCGCGCGUCUCGCCCAUGUCUCAGUACGCCCCCAGCCCCGACUUCAAGAGGGCUUUGGACAGCAGUCCCGAGGCCAACACUGAGGAUGACAAGACCGAGGAGGACGUGCCGGUGGCCAAGAACUACCUGUGGCUCGCCAUUGUCUCAUGUUUUUGCCCUGCGUACCCCGUCAACAUCGUGGCUUUGGUCUUUUCCAUCAUGUCUCUGAACAGCUACAAUGAUGGAGACUACGAAGGAGCCAGGCGGCUUGGGCGGAAUGCCAAGUGGGUGGCCAUCGCCUCCAUCAUCAUUGGCCUUCUCAUCAUCACCAUUUCUUGUACAGUUCACUUCACAAAGAAUGUCUGAGGAGCCAAUUGUCCAGUGGGCCACACGCGUGGAGGACAGACCUCAUCUGCACACACCCCUAAGGAAUGGAUCGUUGACUGUGAGAUCUUUUCCUCCAGAACUCUCCAGAGGCAGGUCCCUGGCAAAAGAACAA